AUGGUUUUAUUGCAGCAGCACAUAGAACAAAGAAGGUGGGCCUCCAAAAAAGCCGGAGGUUCUACACAUAAUAACCGUGAUUCCCCAGGCCAGCGUCUGGGUGUUAAGUUAUUUGGUGGAGAAUACGCUAAAGCGGGAGCAAUAAUAGUGCGACAACGAGGCACAGUUUUUCAUCCCGGACAAUAUGUCGAAGUUGGCCGUGACUUCACUUUAUGGGCAAAAGAACCAGGAUAUGUGAAAUUCUACACGGAUCCGCAAUGGCCUAAAAGGAAAUUCGUCGGUAUCGUAUUUCAUCGCGACGACAUACUUCCGAAAGAUCCAACAGAACCUCGUGAUCGUAUAUUUGGAUUUAUUGAUUUGGUGGCAUAUCGUGAAGAACAGCGCACAGCGAGAGAAAAAGCACGAGAGAAACGAACCAAAGAGCCGAUUUACGUUUGA